AUGGAGCAAGAAGGUAUGGUCGUCUCCUGCAACUCCGGCGGGUCGUCGUCGACUGAAUCCAAGCCAGAGGACUUGGUAGCAAUGGAGGAAGACGAGUUCCAGGACUUGGGCGGCGGCCAUCAGGCGGUCGAGCUGCGGGUUCGCCCGUCGUCGCGGUACAAGGGCGUCGUGCCGCAGCCGAACGGGCGUUGGGGCGCGCAGAUCUACGAGCGCCACUCGCGGGUGUGGCUCGGGACGUUCCCCGACGAGGACGCCGCCGCACGCGCCUACGACGUGGCCGCGCUCCGCUUCCGCGGCCGCGAGGCCGUCACCAACCGAGUCACGCCGGAGGGCGCGUCCGCCGGCGAGCUCGCCUUCCUGGCCGCGCACUCCAAGGCGGAGAUCGUGGACAUGCUGCGGAAGCACACCUACGACGACGAGCUCCAGCAGGGCCUGCGCCGCGGCGCCCGCGCGCAGCCGACGCCGCGGUGGGCGCGUGAGCCGCUGUUCGAGAAGGCCGUGACGCCGAGCGACGUCGGCAAGCUCAACCGCCUCGUCGUGCCGAAGCAGCAGGCCGAGAAGCACUUCCCUUUCCCGCUCCGCCGGAGCUCCGACGCCGCCGCCGCGGCCACCGGCAAGGGCGUGCUGCUCAACUUCGAGGACGGCGACGGCAAGGUGUGGCGGUUCCGGUACUCGUACUGGAACAGCAGCCAGAGCUACGUGCUCACCAAGGGCUGGAGCCGCUUCGUCAGGGAGAAGGGGCUCCGGCCAGGCGACACGGUGGCCUUCUCCCAGUCGGCGUGGGGGACGGACAAGCACCUGCUCAUCGACUGCAAGAAGAUGCAGAGGAACCAGGAGACCCACGCGAUUGCCGACGACGAGGCCCGUGUCGUCAAGCUGUUCGGCGUUGACAUUGCCGGAGACAAGGGCGUGCCACAAAGGUAACACACAGCUAGCUAGCUGCAUCGAUCAUGCAUGGCACCGUCGUCUUCUUCUUCUUCAUCUUCUUCGGAUCUUCUUCUUCUUCUCCUCCUCCUCCUGAUCGAUCUUCUGGUGCUACCCUAGUGUGAUCGAUGAUCCGCCUCAU